UUGCGACUAUAUAUAUGGCCGUUUGAGAGAACUUUAACGAUACAAAUGUUCUGAAUCGAAUUGUAAACAAACUGACCACAGUUGGCUGAUAAUUGUUUUAAACAGUAUCAAAUGUACUUAAUGUUGAACUUAAUAUCAGCUGGUGAGAUAUUAUACGGCUAACCUUACCCGGUGAAUACUACACAGUUUUAAGUGUUCUAUUGCAGUGGUCAAAGUAUUAACCAAAAUACCGACUUAAAACUACUUAUAACCUAAAACUGACGGCGAUAUUUAAGUACAAAUCUUGAUUUAUAGCUGUAUGCACAGUUGAUAGCCAAGGAAGUUUUAUUCGAAAGGUUUAAACAAUGUCUGACAAAGACAGGAAACAUGCUGCGAAAAAUGGAUUUCACAAAACGGAUAAAGCAGAUGGAAAAGAAACAAACAGAGAUGAAGGCGACGAGAAAGGUGCCAAAGAGGAUGAAAAGAAGAAACCGGAAAUUCCACCGGCUACUAUGGGACAAUUGUUCCGCACGGCAGACUGUCUGGACGUGUUAUUCAUGAUUGCCGGAACUUUGGCGUCCAUCGUUCACGGUGCUGGCUGGCCAGUGCUGUUCCUGUUCUUCGGAGACAUGACGGACUCGUUCAUUUCCGGUCCAGGUGGGAAUCCAAAUAUAUCACUUGGCAUUAACAGCACUGCAAAUAGUUCAGAUUUACUAAAUGAUUUCAAUGAAAAUAUGACGAAAUAUUCCCUAUAUUACGUGUACAUCGGCGCUGGCGUUCUCGUGGCGUCUUAUUUACAGAACUGUUUCUGGAGUCUGGCCUGUGAGCGGCAGACACACCGGAUCCGGAAGCAGUUUUAUUACGCCAUCUUGCGGCAGGAAAUUGCGUGGUUCGAUGUACACCAGAGCGGAGAGCUGACAACCAGGCUUGCAGAUGACCUUGAGCGAGUGCGUGAAGGUAUCGGGGACAAGGUCAGUUUCGCCAUCCAGUUCCUGGCGCAGUUCAUGGCUGGAUACGCCAUCGGGUUCAGCAAGGGCUGGAAGCUGGCCCUUGUCAUGUUGUCUCUGAGUCCCCUACUCAUAGCAGGGGCUUCAUUCAUGGGGAAACUCAUGGCGAGCUUCUCUAAGCGCGAACAGGACGCGUACGCAUGCGCCGGAAGUGUGGCGGAGGAAGUGCUGUCCUGUAUCCGCACCGUCACUUCCUUCAAUGGACAGAAACAGGAUUUACACAGAUACAAACAAGCGCUGAUUAAAUCUAAAGCCAUGGGGACUAAGAAGUCCUGGAUUACCGGCCUUGGUAUUGGAUUCACGUUCUUCGUCAUGUUUGGUGCAUAUGCACUCGCUUUCUGGUUUGGCAACGAACAGGUGAAAGACUGGUAUAAUACCGGCUUUGAAGGUGGAUUGUCGCCGGGUACGGUUUUGACGGUGUUUUUCAGCGUGUUGAUCGGUACGUUCUCCAUCGGUAACAUAACGCCACAUGUCGCCACUAUCGCCACCGCGAAAGGCGCAGCCGCGAAACUCAUUGACAUCAUUGACAACAAGCCCACCAUUGACUCGACCUCCUCGGCCGGCCAGAUGCUGCAGUCAGUCACGGGGCAUAUCGAGCUGAGGAACGUCAAGUUUAACUACCCCACACGGGCCGACGUGAAGGUCUUGCAAAGCCUAAAUCUGACAGUGAGUCCCGGACAGACGGUUGCCCUCGUGGGUCCCAGUGGGUGUGGCAAGUCCACCGUGAUCAACCUCAUACAGCGCUUCUAUGACCCCAAUGACGGACAGGUUUUAAUCGAUGGCCACGACGUGAGAGGGUUGCAUAUCGGCAGCCUGAGGCGCCACAUCGGCGUCGUGUCCCAGGAACCCGUGCUAUUCGGUCUGACGGUCCGGGAGAACAUCCUGCUCGGCAAACCGGAAGCGCGCAUGUCCGAGAUCGAGCACGCGGCCAAGAUGGCGAACUGCCACGACUUUAUUACUAAAUUGCCACUGGGAUACGACACUCUUGUUGGCGAACGCGGUGCUCAGUUGUCCGGUGGCCAGAAGCAGCGCGUGGCCAUCGCAAGGGCCCUAAUCCGGGACCCUAAAAUCCUCCUGCUGGACGAAGCCACAUCCGCCCUGGACACAGAAAGUGAGAGGGUCGUACAGGAAGCUUUGGAUAAGGCCCGACAAGGUCGCACAACGAUCGUUGUGGCACACCGUCUGUCGACUAUUCAGAAGGCUGACGUCAUCUACGUGGUCCAAGAUGGCGUCAUCGUGGAGAGCGGUCGGCACGGGGACCUCAUGACGGCCCGGGGCGCCUACCACCAGCUGGUCACGGUGCAGAUGUUGGUUGAGGAAGAAAUGGGAAAUGACUUACCGGAAGAACUACUGGCAGAAGCCGAAGACGUGGUUCCGAGCGACCCACGGAAACGGACGAUUUCCGACGAAGGAAAACGAGUCUUUACUCGCCAGAUCUCCCGACAAGUGUCGAAAACAACCGAGGAAAAGAAAGUCGAUCAAAAAGUAGAGGAGGAGACCGCCCCAAAAUCAUCGUUCUUCAGCAUGCUACGCAUGAACAAGCAAGAAUGGCCUCUAAUCUUGGUUGGCUGUAUCAACGCCGCCAUUAACGGCUGCACGAUGCCUGUGUUCUCCAUCUUCUUCAGUGAAAUGAUCAACGUGUUUAUAAACCGCGGAGAGAACGGACUGCUAUGGAGCAUGCUGUUUUUGGCGCUCGGUGGUCUUCAGUUCAUCACAAACACACUCCAGUCGGUGUGUUUCGGAUACUCUGGGGAGUCGCUCACACUGCGCCUGCGCCUGGAGUCCUUUCGGUCCUUCCUGCGACAGGACGUUGCGUACUUCGAUGAUCCAAAGCACUCCACCGGCGCUCUCACCACAAGACUCGCAACGGACGCCUCCCUUGUAAAAAAUGCGACGGGGAUACGGAUCGCCACCAUGAUCCAGUCGGUGGUGGGCAUGGCAGCAGCCUUGAGUAUCUCCUUCGUCUACGGCUGGCAGCUGGCAUUGGUCGUUUUGGCGGGGGUUCCCUUCAUGGCCGCGGCUGGUGCAAUCCAACUGAAAACUGUGAUGGGACGCCAGAAAAAGGACAACGAAGAACUUGAACUUGCUGGAAAGACGGCGAGCGAAUCCAUAGAGAAUAUACGGACGGUGCAUUCCCUUACUCGGGAGGCACAUUUUUACCACAAAUAUACAACUUACCUAGAAAAACCCUACAGUACCAAUCUGCGGAUGACUCACCUGCAGGCGUUUGGGUUCGGUUUCUCGCAGGGGACCGUCUUCUUCCUGUACGCUGGCUGCUUCCGGUUUGGUGCCUACAUGGUCAGCAUUGGGGAGAUGACCCCUCAGGAUGUGUACAAGGUGUUCUUCGCCAUCGCUUUGACGGGGCUGGUCGUGGGCCAGGCCAGCUCAUUCCUGCCGGACUAUUCCAAGGCAGCCACUGCGGGGGGUCUCAUCUUCAAGAUCAUCAAUACCGUACCCGCCAUAGACGUGGCCUCGGAGGCGGGACAACAUCCGUCAAACAUAUCGGGGUCCAUUCAUUUCAAAGACGUCCACUUUAAGUACCCGAUGAGGCCGGAUGUCGCCGUGUUAAAGGGUAUCAACAUACGGGUGGAGCCCGGACAGACGGUGGCCCUCGUGGGUCCCAGUGGGUGUGGCAAGUCGACCACGGUGUCGUUGCUGCAGCGCUUCUAUGACCCCGAGCGAGGAACCAUUGAGUUGGACGGUACAAAUAUCAAGAACAUCAACCUGAAGAGACUCCGCUAUCUGAUCAGCGUGGUCAGCCAGGAACCAAUCCUGUUCGACUGCAGUAUUAAAGAUAACAUCCUAUACGGUCUGAGCACUGACGAUUUUAGCAUGUCUGACGUCAUAGCGUCUGCGAGGGCCGCCAAUAUACACGACUACAUUUCAUCACUGCCGCAGGGCUAUGACACAGUUGUUGGUGAGAAAGGGACGCAGCUCUCCGGCGGACAGAAGCAGCGGGUAGCCACAGCCCGGGCGCUGAUCCGGCAGCCAAAAAUCCUUCUACUGGACGAGGCAACUAGCGCCCUGGAUACGGAGAGUGAAAAGGUCGUGCAAGAAGCCCUAGACAACGCACAGAAAGGUCGCACGUGUAUCGUUAUAGCCCACCGUCUUUCCACCGUCCAGAACGCCGAUGUCAUUUACGUCAUUGACGCUGGCAACGUCGUAGAGACCGGAAAUCAUCAACAAUUACUGAACAAAAAGGGAGUGUAUGCGCAACUUGUUGCAGGACAAAAGUUGUCCAAAUAGUCACAUUAUUUAGUAGGAUUUGCAAUUGAUAAUUAAGUGUGUAUGGUUGGAAUGGACUUGGUCUGAAUCGGAAGCGUUUCCUUCGCCUGGAGAGUUAACAGUUAUUACAUUCGUGUUUUACUUCAUUUUGCGAAAUGUUUAUAAUACACAAAACCCGCUAUCUCUUAAAUUAUAUCAGUCAAAUCGCAUGUAUGUGCAUGACACGUUAAAUCUACUGAGGGUGUCUUAAAUAAUUAUUGCUUGAUAGUGUGGGCGCUACAUUAGUUUUACUGUUGUGUGUAUUGUAUACUUAAAGCAAUGUGACAUUGUGUAUUAUCUGAAAGGUGUAUAUUGCCUAAGUCAUGUUGCUUGUAUACUUAUCUUUUGUUAUGUGACGAACGUAUUUUCUAACAUAUGCUCGUGUUUAUACAGCAUUAAUAAUCGUUGUACGAUCAAAGUACGUUAUAUAUCAUAUGCUUUUAGCUCUGAAAUGAUGCAGAACUCUAAACAAAUUAUAUUAAUAUGAAAUUAACACGGUUAUAUGGUAUUUACACGGCUACAACGUUCGCUACGGUAAACGUUAGUAUUUGACAAUAAUUUAACUGUUUUCAUUUACAACUCGUCGUCCCUAACUUAUUUGACAAAAAAGAAAAAUGUCAAAACAUG